GGCAUCUUUGUGCUCGCAAGAAUUGCGCCUGCACUCCCCAUUCAGAUUCAGAGCCUAUUGGUAUUAGGGCGUAAAGUUAAACGACCUCCAGCACAGUAGGGUUUCCUGCUGCUGAAACGUACACUUGCUUUGACGAGGCAUCAGCUUGAGCUCUAGAUCUCAACCAUUUCUGAAGGGGCAGAAAGUAUGCCGCCGCUAGUUCCCGAUGACCAGGCCGGGGGCGCACCGCCUGAGCCCAUGAAAGUGGUCAUAGUCGGGGCGGGCCCCUCUGGGCUCCUCUUGGCGCACUACCUCCUAGAAAAGGGGAAUGGAAGAUUUAGGGUUUCCAUACAUGAGGCACGAGAAGACCCUCGGGUGACCAUGAAGCGGCCCCCCACUCCGAGAAGAUACUCACUUGGUCUGAGCCAGCGCGGCAAGGCGGCCUUGGACAAAGUGGAUGGGUUGUGGGCAGCAGUGAAGGCUGCCGGCGUGCCAACAAAGCUCGGCAAAAUUUGGCUGUUCGGGCGGCUGAUCGAACUACCGGGGCGGGCCGACCCGACCAAAGACGACGGCAAUGUGAUCACCGACCGCACUGCGCUGUGCGCGGCCAUGCUAGAGCAUCUCAUGGCCAAGUAUGGCGACACCAAGCUGCUGGAAGUCCGCUUCAACCAGAGCUGCACUCAAGUCGAUAUGGACGCCCGCACUGUCACUUUUUCGGACGUCCAAACCGGCGGGCUGCUCCCUAUCGACCGCAUAAACGCGGCUACCGGGAUUGAGACGGCUGGUGUGAAGGGCUUCGUGACUGCCGGUGUGAAUGGGCACGGGGAGGUUGUUUACACCAAGGAGUAUGACUUGCUGGUCGGCGCAGAUGGGGUUCGGUCGGUGGUGCGAGGCAGCAUGAUGCAGCAUCUCAGGAGUUUCGACUACGAGCAGCGCGACCUGGGCUCCCAGUGGCUGGUGGCUAACAUCCCGGUGCCUCCGGCCACCGAGCACAACUGGAUGAUCAUCCUGGGAAGCAAACCGGGCGGCCUAGGCGGGCUGCUCUUGCCCAGCACUCUCUCGCUUGAAGGCGACCCGACGAUGUGCCUGGUUUUGGGCUGGCAAAUCGCGGAACCCCCUGAACCGUGGCUGGCCCUCAAGACAGGGCAAGAAGCGAAGGAGUUUUUGGAGCGGCACCUUCCGUGGCUGCAGGUUCCGCUGGAGGCGGCGGAAUCGCUGGUCACGCAGCGGCCGUCGCGGAGCAUGCAGCUUAAGUGCAGCCAAUAUCACGAUGCGGACGGCCGCGCUGUUCUGAUGGGCGACGCCGCACACUCCACGAGCCCCUCCAUCGGGCAGGGCUGCAACACCUCCCUCGCCGACGCGGCCGCGCUCGCGUCGCUCCUUUUAGGCAUGAGCGACGCCUCGGAGCUGCCGGGCGUCCUGGAGCGGUACUCGGCGCUACGUGUUCCUGAGGGCCACGCGCUGGUGGACCUGUCCGAGAGUCAGGCGCCCAUGAAGGUGUCUCUGGCCCUCGGAAACGCGAUCCGGAUGUUUAGACAGGGCAUCUGUCAUUGGCUACUGCCCAAAGUGUUCAUUAAACCGGUCAUGACGGCAGCUGGCACGACUCAGCCCCUUGCGGAAAUCUAUCGGCUUCACAAGAAGGACGUGGACAGGGUUCUGGAUAGCAACCGGCAGGAGCUCAAGAAACUGCGGGAAAAGGAGUUCAGGACGAAACAAGCAGUUUUUGCAAAUGCAGACAACACGGCGGGUGUUGACCCCACAGCAAAGAAAGUGGCGUAGCCGAUAUGCUUUAUGAGGAGGCUGCAUUGGUGUUGUACAGAAUUAGCGUUUGGACCGACAAUCCGAGUUGUUAAUCAAUAGACGCUGCAAUAACUUAGUAACGAGUAAGGCACAAAAGCCUCCCUCGUUUUCGAGAGCGUACGAUUGUGCUAGAACCUGCGUACAAGUGGGCAAGCAAAGUGUUGGCUGAGACACCCUCAAGACAUUGAAGCUAGUGGCUAAGUCCAUCCACGCACGGUUGGCAAUAAAUCAAUCAGAGAGUGGUUGAACCAAGCUUAAAACGGCUAGCCAGGCCACCAGGGUCUAUAAUCUCAAGUUAAGUCUGAAGUUAAGGACGCUGCUAAGUUGGAGAAUUUCUGUGGGAGUCUGUGUAGACAAGAGUGUGUAUACACGAUUCUUG